CAAUCACAAUGUCUUGUUCGUCCUACGUCACCGGAAGCGGACGCGUGUGCCCUUGAUAGACAUGUGUGUGCUCCCAGCACCUGGGGCUGCACAGAGAACAGGUCUGAAAAGCUAACAUAAACUAUCAGAUAUUCACCUUUGUCUGCUUUUCCUCAGCAAGAUGCCGUUACACAAAUACCCCCCGCACCUGUGGGAAGCCCUGAAGUUAAAGAAAGGGAUCUACGCCCGUCUGCCGCAGCACUACCUGAAAUCCCUGCAGGACACGUCACCCCCAACUCCGGUGCACUGGAAACCUCUGGGAGUGAAAUACAGAGCAAACCCGAAAACAGGCCACAGAGAGCGGGUUCAAGAUGUACCCAUUCCCGUUUAUUACCCACCGGAGUCACGAGACGGCCUGUGGGGUGGAGAGGGCUGGAUACGUGGCCACAGAUACGCCAAUAACGAUAAGCUCUCUGCAAGAGUGAAGAAGACAUGGAAGCCUCAGCUCUUCAAGAGGGAGCUGUACAGUGAAAUCCUUGACCAAAAGUUCAACAUCACGGUCACAGCUCGCACGCUGGAUCUUAUCGAUGCCGCUUAUGGCUUUGACUUGUACAUUCUAAAGACACCAAAGCAGGACUUAAACUCCAAGUUUGGGAUGGACCUGAAACGCGCCAUGCUCCUGCGGUUAGCACGCAAAGACACUGAGCUCUGCCCAGACGAUUCAGCUCGAAGGGAGAAGAUCUACAACAAAUACAAGCAGUUUGAGAUUCCUGCUGAGGAGGCGGAGUGGGUCGGCCUGAGUAUAGAGGAAGCAGUCGAGAAACAGAGACUCCUCGAGCACAAGGAUCCUGAGCCACUUUACAAGAGCUGUGUGGAGAACCUGGUGAAGGAACUGGCCAUGCAGAAACUCACUGAACCCCAGCUUAUGGAAAAGAAAGACUGAUGGCUGCAUCAGUGAUAUGAACAGAAAUAAAAAUGUAUUUAUUGGGGUUUUGUUUUCUCUGCUUACUUUUGUAUUGAUGCCAUUUAAGAUAUGCCAAUAUCCUGUAAAUAUCUAACUUCCAAUCAAACAAUAAAUUAAUCAUCUGA